GGUUUGGCGUUAGAGUACGGGACGGGGAAGCGAAACCCUCACGGCGCCGGAACCCCACCACCUCCCAAUUCCGGAAGCGAAUAAACGCCACUAGAUUCCGGCCGAAGUCCCUACUCCAGCGCCGGCGUCACCCCCGAACCCUGCGGCUUCGUUCGCGCCAUCGGAGCUGGUUUGUCUAGAGGGGCUCUGUUGGUGUUCAUCUUGUAUAGGGGACGGUGGGGGGUGUCAGAGUUGCCGGCGUUUUAUUUUGGUCCUUUUCAUCCGGUGAGCUGGAGCUUUCUCGCAAAUUACUCGCCGCGGCAGCCGACUUGGACUGCAUGGGCUUGCUAUCUCUGGUUCAAUUGGCCCAGCUUGCGCUCUGAUUGACUGAUCCCCCAAAACUGCGCCGGUGCCUCGCAGCUUGCUGAAAUUGCUCAUCUUUUCGUCUGGCGAUGCAAUUUUACAAGCUGAUUCUAUCCUCGGCUCACCUUGAUUUCACUGCAAUCUGCUGAAAUCGCCCAUCUCUCCGGGCCAUUGCCGCUCGCUUGAUUCGAGGGUUGCCUUGGGGGCCAGUUGCCGCAGGUGGCCGCUACUUGGGUGCUGAAUUUGGAUACGGAAGUCUUGGGAAGGCGCAACCUUUCCCUUUUCCCCUGACCAUGACGUUACUGGAGGAGUUGUUCCGGGCGAUAGAGCUCUGGCUUCGGAUUGCAAAGGAGCAGGUGCCCUUGGUCGAUCCCACCCUUGACCCAGUGUUACUUGUUCCUGGUAUUGCUGGCUCCAUCCUUGAAGCUGUCGAUGAGGAAGGAAACAAGGAGAGAGUUUGGGUGCGCAUCCUUGCUGCUGAGCAUGAGUUCAGAGAGAAGCUCUGGUCCAAAUUCGAUGCCUCCACUGGUAAAACUGUUUCUGUUAACGAGAAAACAAGAAUUACUGUCCCUGAGGACAGAUAUGGUUUGUACGCCAUUGACACAUUAGACCCAGACCUGAUCAUUGGUGAUGACACUGUGUACUACUAUCAUGACAUGAUAGUGGAAAUGAUUAAGUGGGGAUAUCAAGAAGGAAAAACUCUCUUUGGAUUUGGUUACGAUUUCCGUCAAAGCAAUAGGCUCUCAGAGACACUUGACAGAUUUUCCAAAAAGCUGGAGUCAGUGUACACAUCUUCUGGUGGAAAAAAGAUCAAUCUCAUUACCCAUUCCAUGGGGGGAUUACUUGUGAAAUGUUUCAUCUCUCUGCACAGUGAUGUAUUUGAAAAAUAUGUGAAGAGUUGGAUCGCAAUUGCUGCACCAUUCCAAGGUGCCCCUGGGUACAUAACUACUAGUCUGCUGAAUGGAAUGUCUUUCGUUGAAGGAUGGGAAUCAAGAUUCUUUAUUUCCAAAUGGUGUAUGCAGAAAUUGCUACUUGAGUGCCCAUCAAUCUAUGAGUUGCUGGCGAACCCUAACUUCAAGUGGAAAGACACCCCACUGCUACAGAUUUGGAGAGAAAAUUUGGAUAACGAUGGCAAGAAAAGUGCCCUGUUAGAGUCAUAUGAGCCUGAGGAAGCAAUUAAGAUGAUUGAAAAGGCUCUUUCCAGUAAUGAGAUCAUUGCUGAUGGCAUGCAUAUUCCGGUGCCCCUUAAUUUGGAUAUAUUGAAUUGGGCAAAGGAAACUUAUGAUCUUUUAAGCAGUACAAAGCUUCCGGAAUCAGUGAAAUUCUACAAUAUUUAUGGGAUUGAUUAUGAUACUCCACAUACUGUCUGCUAUGGCAGUGAAAAGCAUCCGGUUUCAAAUCUUAGUCACCUCUUAUAUGCUCAGGGAAAAUAUGUCUAUGUUGAUGGUGACGGGUCUGUUCCCACAGAAUCAGCAAAGGCAGACGGAUUUGAUGCAGUAGCAAGAGUUGGUGUUGCUGCUGACCACCGGGGAAUCGUCUGCAGUCACCAUGUGUUCCGGAUCGUCCAGCACUGGCUGCACGCAGGAGAACCUGACCCGUUCUAUGACCCGCUGACCGACUACGUUAUACUCCCAGCACUCUAUGACAUAGAGAAGCAUUGUGAGAAACAUGGGGAUGUCAUGUCAGUUACGGAGGACUGGGAGAUCAUCUCCCAGAGUGACGGCAGGACCACGAGGCCAGGUGAGCUUCCUCCUAUGAUCAGCACACUGACCACUAGUCGGGAAGGCAAGGAGGGCACACUGGAAGAGGCACAGGCCACCGUGGUCGUUCACCCAGAGAAACAAGGGCGGCAGCAUGUGGAAGUUAGGGCUGUGGGUGUCAGCCAUGGUGGCUAAGCUGGAGGAACCACGUUGGUUGUAUAUCUAGCAGCUAAAACCUCUGGGCACGCACUGUAAAAUUGGAUGUACAUAUGGCUGUGACCCUAGGAAAUCUGUGUUUAGAACUAUAAAUGUUCAUGAAAAACUUGUAAAAAUGUAAAGAACAAAAAAACACAGGUCCUAUUUUUUUCUUUUAAAAUAGAAAAUGGUAAAGUAUUUCAUUA